UGAGCGACAGUUUCAGUUUCCCUGUUUAUUUCAAAAUGGCUUUCGUCUGGCUUGUGUGUAGAGUAACACUGUUCUCCGUGUUCGUUUGUCUCGUCGCUGUUGCAGAAGGGAAACAUUUCAAAGGCUUUCGUGUUGCGCACGACGAACACACCGAGCACGGAGGUGCGUUUGAGGAACAGUGGUUCACUCAGAAACUGGACCACUUCAACGGUGCAGACAGCAGAGAGUGGAAGCAGAGGUACUUUGUCAAUGAAAGCUUCUACAGAGCAGGAGGGCCAGUGUUUGUGAUGAUAGGUGGAGAAGGUCCAGCUAACCCAGCGUGGAUGCAGUCGGGAACCUGGCUCACCUACGCUGAGAAAGUGGGCGCCCUCUGCUUGAUGCUGGAACAUCGCUUCUAUGGAAAGAGUCACCCGACUGUUGACCUGAGCACAGACAACCUGCGCUUCCUCAGCAGUCGUCAGGCUUUAGCAGACCUGGCUCACUUCCGCACCAACAUGGCCGACGCCCGAGGCCUGACCAACAGCAAGUGGGUGGCGUUUGGAGGUUCAUACCCGGGUUCCCUCGCCGCGUGGUUCAGGCUGAAGUACCCACACCUGGUUCAUGCUUCUGUGGCCACCAGUGCACCGGUCCAUGCGACCGUCAACUUCCCAGAGUACUUGGAGGUGGUGUGGCGUUCACUGGCCUCAGAGGACACACAGUGCCCCCUACUGGUGAAAAAAGCUUCAGAUACGCUCGUGGAACGUCUGAAGGAUCCCAAGAACUACGAGAACAUCACCAAAGAUUUCAACUUGUGUUCCAAACUGCAGAUCCAGACAGAAGCAGACUCUGCCUACUUCCUGGAAACACUGGCUGGCAGCUUCAUGGACGUGGUCCAGUACAAUGAAGACAACAGGGGCUUUGAGGGCGUGAAGGGCACGAACAUCACCAUCCAGGUGCUGUGUGCUGUGAUGGCCGACGCCUCCCUGGGAGAGCCUUACGCCCGCUACGCUGCUGUGUCGCGCCUCAUGAUGGACACUUUCUCUAUGAAAUGCUUGGACGCCAGCUUCACUUCUUACCUCAGAGACAUGACCAACACGUCGUGGGAGGGGCCGGCUGCAGGGGGAGGGAGACAGUGGGUCUACCAGACCUGCACUGAAUUUGGAUUCUACCAGAGCACUGAUUCACCUAAUCAACCAUUCACUGGCUUCCCUCUGGUGUAUCACGUGAAACAGUGUGCAGACUUUUUCAAUGUGAGCUGUGAGCAGCUGGCAGAGGCCGUGGCUCAGACCAACGAGUAUUACGGCGGCUACAGCAUCCGCUCCAGCAGAAUACUUUUCCCCAACGGCUCCAUUGACCCGUGGCACGCACUGGGAAUCACUCUGGACAUCUCACCUGACCUCCCUGCUGUUUUCAUCAAAGGAACAGCCCACUGUGCCAACAUGUACCCAGCCAGGAGCGAGGACCUCCCCCAGCUGGUUAUGGCCCGGGACCACGUCUUUUUAGUCCUGCAGCAGUGGCUGAAGCAGUGAUUGUUCUGGUCACAUCGCUGACCUUUGAGGCUGCCUGUAACACACACACACACACACACACGCACACACACACACACACGACUAAAUGAGGAAGCACUUUACAUCAUAAUCAGUAGCAACAAAGACUGAUUUUGAGCUGAUGAAUAAAGAAGAUGUUGUGACUUUA